UUCACUGUUUGUAUUUAACUAAGAGAAUAUACCAAGAAAUAAAUUUUCCUUUGAAACCUGUGUGGUCUCAUUUUUGGUACUGAGAAUAAUGUUGAUUAUUCAGCUCUCCAGUGAUGCAGUUGGGGAUGGGGAGCUGGCAGUCUUGGGUUCUUUCUCAGCACCAUGCUCAGAGGUUGGGUAGGUCCUUGAUUUGGUUUAACUUACUUAGUGAUCUGAUACCUUCAGCAGCCUCCUGCUUCAUGUGAACUUGAAGCUGCUUCUGCCUGUGAAGUGUCUUUGACAAGUGUUUUUCUGUUUUUUCUGUUCUGCCUCAGUGACUCUCUGAACCUGGGAAAUGGCAGUGAUGGGAAUUACGUGCCAGGGAGCUCCUGAUCCAGCCAUCAAGCACAAGAAGGAGCUCACGGCUACCAAGGGGCUGAAUGAGACAGUGAGUGAAAAGCAGAGCAGUGUCUACAAAGUAGAAGAGUCCAAGAAGGUCAUCUUCCACAGUCAGUGGAAAAUCCUGAAUGAUGUAAUCACCAAAGGAACAGCAAAAGAAGAAACAGGAGGAGGAUGUGCAUCAAUUUCUAUUAUUGCCCAAGCAGAAUGUGAAAACAGUCAGGAGUUCAGCCCCACUUUAUCAGAGAGAUCCUUUAUUGCUCAUAGUAAGCGUUACAGCCGCUCAGACAGUCUUGAUCAAAUCCCUAACAAUGUGGCCCAUGCAAGGGAGGGAAAGAUGGCACCUACCUGCUGGAGGGGGAGGCAGCGUGGGAAGACGAGAAGGAAACGUCACAAGAAAAGAUCCAAGCUGAAAAUACAAACAGUGGCUGCUGGCAAGCGAGGUCCCAGGACUCCUGAGCAAGAGAGCUGUACUCCAAUUCCUGUCCAGGAGGAUGAAUCACACCAAAAUAUUAUUUACAGAAACAGUUUUUGGGUUUCAGAAUUUAACAAGGACUCUAUGCUCUAUGAUCCGUUGUCUUUUGAGAAACCUGAGAAAGUUCUGUCUACAGGCAAACUCCACCCCCCAAGGAGCCAGUACAAAGCAGAACUGCACAAGUUGAUUAGCCCUAUUCAGUGUCUUAAUCAUGUUUGGAAACGGCACUAUCAGAGGGACAGUGUUCCACAGCCUGAAACUCUCCAUCCUUUUCCCUACAACAUAAUACCCCCUCACUUCCCACAUCUGUACAGUUCUCUCCAUGCCAUGAAAUAUAAUGCUCUGGAGACAUACUUUCAUGGUGAUCUCAACUAUCAAGAUGAUGAGCAUCAACUACCUGGCCUAAACUUAGAAUAUAGUUUCUCUAAAUGCAUCAACCAAUCCAUGAAAACCAGCUCAGACAAGAUUUCUGUGGAGGAAUACUUGGUGGAUGCCUUGAAGGGGAGUGUGAGUCUUGGUGAACCACAGAAUUUAGCCAGCCUAGCCAAGACGUGGAGAGGAGGUGGUCUGGACCUGAAGGGACAAUUUCAUGAAGCAGAUGAAAAUGAAGGCGUGCUACUUACUGAGAGACUAAAGCCAGUGGAUUAUGAGUACCGAGAAGAGGUUCAUUGGACCAAAUGUCAUGGUUCUUUGGGCAUUGGCUCUUUUGGAGAAGUGUAUAAAAUAGAGGACAAACAGACAGGCUUUCAGUGUGCUGCCAAAAAGGUACAAGUUGAACACUUCCGUGCAGAGGAGCUAACAACAUGUGCUGCAGUAACAAGUCCUAAAGUUGUCCCCUUGUACGGAGCUGUGAAGGAAGGACCGUGGGUGACCAUCUUCAUGAAGCUGAUGGAGGGUGGCUCACUAGGUCAGCUAAUUAAACAGAGUGGCUGUCUGCCAGAGGACAGAGCCCUCAGUUAUUUGGGCCAGGCAUUAGAAGGCUUGGAGUAUCUUCAUGCUCAAAACAUUCUCCAUGGAGAUGUAAAAGUGACCAUAAUACAAAGGAGACUAAUUCAAAGCUUCUCAUUGCCAGCGGAAAACGUGCUCUUGUCUGAUGAUGGAAGCAGGGCUCUUCUGUGCGACUUUGGCCACUCCGCUCACCUCCAUCCAGAUGGCCUGGGGAAGUGCUUGGUCACAGGGAACUAUGUGCCUGGCACAGAGACUCAUAUGGCUCCAGAGGUGGUCAUGGGAAAGCGGUGUGACUCCAAAGUGGAUGUCUGGAGCAGUUGCUGUAUGAUGCUGCAUAUGCUUAAUGGGUGCCACCCUUGGACCCAGUAUUAUAAUCACCCACUCUGUCUAAAGAUAGCUAAAGAGCCACCUCCUCUGAGGGAAAUUCCACCUUCCUGCAACCCUCUCACUGCUGAGAUUAUUAAAAUGGGUCUGGAGAAAGAGCCUGUUCAGAGAGCAUCUGCAUCUGAACUGAAAACAAAAACCAGUGUCGCACUUGAAGAAGUGGGAGGUGUGACAAGCCCCUGGAGAGGUGAAUACAGGGAGCCUAGGCAUUUAUCUCUGAACAAAGAAAACACUCCCCAGACAUCCCUGUCCCCUACAGUGAGCUCAGUUUCUGAGACUGGUUCUGACCCAAAAUUGGCAGUCAAAGUUUCUUGUACAAGUUCUGUCCUACCACCACCAUCUCUGGAGCAAACAGAGGAGGUUGAGGGAACACCUUGGAAUGUGUGCAAGGAGUUACCUGAGGCCUGGGAUCCUCCACCUCUUGCCUCAACUCCUCUCCCCCUGAAGAGCUGCAGCCAUGUGGAGAGAGCAACAGCCAUUUCAGAGCAAGAGCUUCAGCAGCUAGAAAUAGAACUGUUUUUGGACAGCCUUUCACAGCCUUACUCUCUGGAAGAGCAAGAACAAAUGCUUUCAUGUCUCAGCAUUGACAGCCCAUUUGUGUCAGAUGCCAGUGAGAAGAACUCCAUGAAGGCCUCUCACAGCUUGAGGGACACUAUGAGCUCUGGGAUUCAUUCCUGGAACAGCCAGGCAGAUGGACAGAGCUUCAGCUGGAAUAACCUGCGGAGCCGCAGUCGGCACACAGACACUCCCAGCUAUUUCAAUGGAGUGAAAAUCCAGAUCCAGUUACUAAGUGGAGAAAAUUUACACAUCAGGGAUUUCCACAGGACAAAGGUGGGAGACAUUGCCACUGGGAUAAGCAGCCAGAUACCAAUCCCUGCUUUCAGUCUGGUUACUAAAGAAGGCCAGCCAGUUCACUACAACAUGGAGGUCCCCGACUCUGGUAUUGAGCUGCAGUGCACCCUUGCCCCUGACUGCAGUGUCAGCUGGACAUGGCGAGUCAAGCAUGGUCAACUGGAGAACAGGCCAUGAAGCUGUUCCUGUUUUGGAGGUUUUUACCUUGUUGAAAGAAGGAAUUGCAAAAGCUUCCAACCACCACCCCUGCCAUGGAGCACCAAGUGCAGUUGCUGGUGUUUUGUGCUGAAGUAGAAUAGCGGCUCAGCAGCUCACUGCUCUCGGGCCUCACUUCUGUUGUCUGUUUUGAUCCAGUUCCAAGACAUGUCCUGAACUUAGGUGUUCCCCAGAACAGUGGGAAUUACUUGUUUUGGGUGUGAGUGUUAGGUUGAGCUUGAGAAUGGUGGGUGGAAAUUCCUACUUUUCAGAGGAAUGUGAUUGUGCUUUUCAGGAGCAGAGGGGGAUUGGAUGAGAACUCUUGUUGCUCAGCCUCCGAGGUGAAGCCAGUAGCUGCUGGGCUUGCCCAAAGGAGGAGGUUGGAUGUCUUCAGUGUAGUUGGUUGUGCCAGGGGGAGCUGGCUAUCUUCCCUCUAGCUGGAGGAAAAACUCAGUGUUUCUGUCGGCUUUGGGUAGCAUCAUCUCUACCUCAAGCCUUUUGCAUGGGGAAAAUCAACAGCAGUAACUGGCUGGGUUCUUGGUUUCACCUCCCACCCUUUCCUGCAGACACUUCCUUCUUGAAUCAGAAAAGAACUAUCUUCCCAGAAAGAGCUUUGCUUGCAGCUCUCAUCUUCAGGCUUCCUCCCUGGCUUAGGAGCUGGUGCUCUCUCUCUGGUGUUGCUUCCAACUCUGGCAGGUAGGGCAGGAGGAAGGUAUGAUAUUCCUUGGUGGGAAGGGUGGAGGGGUUGUAUUCCUCCAUCCUCUUUCCACCACUGACUUGGGUCUCCUCAUGGACUGUCCCAUGCAGGCAGCUCCCCCUGGAAGGGGAAAGGGAUGGCAGGUCCCCCGGCUCAGACCAGGGCUGACUUUGACUACAGCAUUUAUAAAAACCUCACUCCUAGCUAUCACCCCAUCCCUCCACUCAGCCCCAGGAUGGGAGGUCAGUGCCCCACGUGUGCGUGGUGCGAGCUCAGCCUGCCCUCACCAGCACUCAGGGACUGACACGAGGCCUCCUAUCACUGCCAUUAUUGCAAGACGUGCUCACGGAGCGGGGUGGGCAGCUGGGCCCAGGAUGCCUUAAGUUUUCAACUGUUUUUUUACUGUUGUGUCGAUUGUUAUGAGUGUACUGAAGCAGCAUGGGUCCCAUUCUGAUGGGCUGGUGUUGCUAAGCCUCCUCUAAGCCGGAACAAAGGCAGAGGGAGUUGUAAGCUAGGGUAUAUUUAUUCAGGACUGCUCAAAGCCCUUACACACGUGGAAAUCACUUGACAGGGUGCUGUUGCUCUUCCAGAGUGUUGUAACUUCAGUGGCCUCUGAGCAGGAGCUAUCUACAUCCAGGCUGAACAGAGAAACUGCUCACAGAAAGCAGGGUAUGCUCUGCCAGAUCCAUGCUGGUUCUGGGGGCACAAUGGGACAGGAAUGUUGGCAGUUUCCUCAAGUGAAGUUCACUUAGGAAAUAGCUGGGAAAGUUACACCCUGGACCUCCCUUUCUGAGAAGCAAUGCUCCUUUAGGAACUGAUACUCCUUCCCUUUGGUCUCCCAGAGCAUGGGCUGGUUUUGAUAAACUUGGCAGUGACAUCCCUCAUCAAAAACUAAAGUUGUGAUCUAAUAAAAAAGUGGAACUCUUGAGGAAAAAUGGAACCUGUCACCACUCUGGGUUUAGUUUUUAUAGCACUUUUUGUUCUUAGCACUUAAUACAUUGGCCAGAAUAGGCACCUGAUUAUAUCUGCAAUGCCACAUGAAGAGUCUUUUUAGUAAACAAUUAACGGAGUAUGCACAUGUCUUCCAGGAAGGAGUAGGGGAGGAGUGGGUAGGUUGGCUUGAUUACUUUUUCUCAGAUGCCAUAAGCUACUAAGAAUGUUAAGCAGGAGGAUCAAAAUGCUCCUCCAGGGCUCCCAGGAGCUCCCAAGCCCAUACUCAGUGCAGUGAUCAAACUCCCCACACCUGGCACCCUUCCUGGGCUUCCUGUGAGGCAGGGAGGAGAAAAACCUGUUGGUUGUUUCUAAGAAGAGUCUGUUGGUGAUGUGUCAGUCUGAAACACGAAAGCAGGGUCUGUUCCCUUCUCAAAGUCUGCAUCUCAUGGCUUUCACUGCAGGGUGCUUCGAUGUACAGUUGUUUCAUACAUGGGUGUGAGACUCAAGUUCUGCCAAGCUGUAGGGCAGGAUGCAGCAGCCCUCUGUUCCCAGGACUUUCGAGCUUCACACUUCAUCUGUAGCAUUAACAUUAAUAUCAGGCCACCUACACGAAUGGAGGAAGGGCAGUGAACUCUCGUGAACCCACAGUGCCUUCACAAAGUAGAUGGAGAUGUCUGUGUUCUGUACCCUCACACCAGUAUUAGCCAGUAUCUCCAUCCUUUUUGUUUCGUCCAAAACCUCCAGUCCUGUGUUGCUGCCACCUCAGGCAGGAAAGUGAGGCUGCAGACUUCCACCUCGCACAUAUUGUACAAGACAGGCUGUGGCAUCAGCAGGCACUGCCAGGUGUGAAAGACUCUGGCUAAUACCACAAACCACUGGUGCUUUCUUACUGUCCUGAAUGUGGUUCUCUUGGGAGGAUCUCCAGGGUUUGCAUAGUUUUACUGCCAGCUUGAGAUCUCCUCAACAUUCUGCUGCUGCCAGGACAGUUCCCUCUUCAUUUGGCUGAUCAUUUUUGCUGUGACAGGCAUAAAAAGUCCAGCUUUCCAGAUGAAGGCUGGCUGUGCAAUGCUGACAGGAGGCAAUCAGGAAAGCCUUUGGUUAUCCACAUUAAAACUUGGCUGUAAAUGUGUAUAAUAACAAGUUGUCUUUGGGGUAGAACCCCAGGUCAGGGUACAGAGGACAAAUAACAGUAGGAGUCACAGAAACAGAUGGCUUUCAUUGUGUUGCUCCUUCCAAAGAUCUGGAAAAAUCACUGUUGGAAAGCAGUAUGGAGCUGAUCACCUCUUUGGGAUGGGCAGUACUGGUGAGGGCGAUGGAAUAAUGAGCUUGUGUUGAACGAAUGACACUUUAUAAAACUCUGAUUUCUUGAAAUGAACUUCUUUUGACCUGCAUUUUCACAGGGAAAAAGAAAUAAAGCUGGACAAAAAU